AUGGCAAAGAAGACCAAAUCAGAGACCGGGCACCCGAGGGUCCUCAGAAAACUCGGGCAUCUGGAGAGCUAUCUAGAAUGCCAGCACUCGAAAGAUCUGUAUUGCGGGACGAGCUUGAACUGCAGAUACUCCAUCCCCCCAGGGCUACCUUCUGGACUCGAUGCUCUACAAGCCCGCUUCGACCGAGCGGUUGCUCGCAUUGUCCUCGACCAGCCGAUGCUGCAAGUUGGAGUCCGGACAGAAUCGCCAACGCGAAGUGUCUUCCUCCACGUUGAGAGCAUCGAUCUCGCAAAGCACCUAAAGCUUCGGGAAAUCCCUGACAAGGAAUUUCAAAAAGCGCAGGAGGUCAGCAUCAGAGAGAAUGUGGACAAGAAGUUCAAGGAGCUGGAAACCGUACCCGGAUGGCACGUGGCAAUCUGCAAACCAUCGCUCGGCGACUUCCUCGAGGUCAAUUUCGUCUUUCACCAUACCAUUACCGACGGUAAUGGAGCAAAGAUAUUCCACGAACUACUUCUUAGGCACCUCAUAUCACCUACUCAGCCCGAAGAGCUUCAGGGCCGCAUAAUCCACCUCAGACCGGAGAACAGCCAACCCUUCCCACCCGCCAUGAAUACCCUAUGUGAGUUUAGCUUAUCCGGCGCCUUCUUAGUCAAGCAGGUCUGGCAGGAGAAACGGCCAGUACCAGUGGCAAUGCGUGACACAUUGCUUGCCCACUGGGCGCCCCUGAAGCCCGGCCCAGCAACAACGCGCCGCAGGACGAAUACGGCAGACGCGGGAACUCUGCAGCGACUUCUUAAGGCCUGCCGCGAACACGGAACGACGCUCACUGCUCUCAUGCAUGCCAUGUGCUUGGUGUCGCUUGCUGGCCGGCUGGGAAGGGAGGAGGCCCCUGGAUUUACGGGGCAGUCGGCAUUGGACCUAAGGCGGUUUGCGCCCGUAACGCCGGAUGGAGUGUCGACGCAUGAACUGAUACUUAAUAUUGUUAGCGUAAUGCCGCAUUAUUUCGACGAGAAGUAUGUGAGCAAGAUCCGGGACCAGAUUCUUGGGGAGGAAGCCACGAUGGAAGAUACGGAGGAGAUGAUCUGGGGUGCAGCGAAGAUCGUCCGAAAGGAGCUCAAGGAUAGGCUGAGCUGUGGGCUCAAGAACGAGAUGAUGGGCCUCUUGAGGUAUGUGUCAGACUGGGAGACGGAGAAAAAGAAAAGAAUCAAGAGACCAAGGGAGUAUGCCUGGCUGCUAAGCAACAUCGGGGUACUAAAGGGCGACUAUGCAGAAGCCAAUGCAGUCAGCGGCGGGCCGAGAAAAUGGCAGAUAGAGCAUGGGCAAUUCUCUUUGAGUUCCGAAGUGACCGGAUCUGCAUUUGUUGUGAGCGCGGUAGGCAUCGAAGGCGGCGGUUUGUGCAUCGAUGUCAGUUGGCAGGCCGGUAUUUAUGAUGACAGUCUUGGGGAGGGACUGGCAUGUGAUAUUGGAAAGUGGAUGAAGGAGCUUGGGCGGUGA